AUGCUGUGUGCAUGCUGCUUCUACAUUCUUCCACAGGAGCAGCUGAAGUCUCUCCAGAGUGGACUGGAGCAGGUGGACAGCGGCCAUUUCCAGCUGCAGAGUGGUCACGUGACGACGGACCUGGACAACAUGAAUAUGAAUCUGCAGCCCAUCGAGACCAAGGUGUUGAUUAUUCAAAAGGCCUGGCGAGACUUCCUCCAGAGACAAGAGGUGGAGAAGAGAAGCCCCUCCCCUCCGUCACUCUCCUCCUCCUCCGACAAGAUGAGCAUGUCCAUCAGCAUGACGACCCUGUCAGAUGGAAGCACCCCAGCCGUUCAGAUUGACAGCUUGGGGAAGAUGGAGGUGGACCGCAGUGACAGAGCAGCCAGCGUAUUGAGGCUCAUUGCUGCAGUGGGCUCUGACUUGGUGCUAAUCACCUGCCAGAAGCACGUCAGCUCCCACAUGGGCCUGUUUACUCUGGAGAGCUCUGUCACACGUGCAGGCCUCUAA